AUGAUUAUCUACAGGCUCUAUAUUCAUCCCGCCAACAGGCUACCAGGUCCUCGCGUCAGUUGGAUACCGUUCAUGGGCAAUUAUUUUGAUAUCGUAACAUCAAAUAUCGAUGAGUCUCCUUUCAGACGCUGGACAGAGCAGUACGGUGGUAUUUAUACUGUGCAUCAUAACUAUAAUGAACCUCGAGUGAUUGUAACUGAUCCAAAAUUGGUCAAGCAAAUCUUGACAUUACAAGUAUACGACUUUGAAAAGCCUCCCGGACCUGCUGGUUUUAUUCGUCGUAUUACGGGUGAUGGGUUGCUGGUUGUUGAGGGAAGUGUCCAUCGUGCACAACGAAAGAUGCUGAAUCCUGCAUUUUCUAUUUAUUCCAUUCGUUCUAUGGUUCCUCUCAUGACUAUUCCAGCUUAUAAGCUCCGUGAUCAAUGGCUCAAAAAGAUAACUGAGAGCAAAUCAGAAUAUACUGAAAUUGAUGUCUCCCUUGGAUUUGCGCUUGCUGCUUUGGAUGUGGUUGGUCUCACUGCUUUUGGACAAGACUUCAAGUCGGUUGAAGACUAUGGUACAGAAAGACUACAUAAGAUCAGCAAGGCAUAUCUAAACAUUUUCAAUGACGACUUUUCCUGGAAGCGUGUCUGGGAAGUAGACUUUCCUUUUAUAAGAUAUUUACCAUCAAAGCGCCUAUUUACAAUGAUCAAAAGCUUAAAAUGGCUGCACGAGGAAGCUGAGGCUUUGGUAGAGGCAGGCAUUGAAAGAUCAAAGAACGAAAAAGCUUCCGAUAUGAAUGGUCGACCCAAAGAUUUGCUGGCCUUAAUGGUGGACUUGAUUGACGUAGGAUCCGGAAAGGGAUUAACCAAGAAAGAAUUAAAAGACCACUGCUUAACCUUUUUAGCUGCUGGACAUGAGACAACAAGUAGCACUUUAAGCUGGUGUUUUUGGCUGCUUGCACAACAUCAAGACGUUCAAGAUAGAUUAAGAGAAGAAGUGCGUGUGCUCUUCCAAGAUGCAAACUCAUUUGACUAUGAAAAUCUCAACUCUAUCUCAUACCUUGACUAUGUGUGCCGUGAAACACUUCGUUAUAUUCCUACUGCUCCCCGUACAAGUCGUGUCAAUCGUGUACCUGUUACUCUUGGUCACUAUACUAUACCAAAAGGCACCGUCUUCCAUAUUUUGCCUCUUUAUACUCACCGAUCUAAGGAAAUUUGGGGUGAAGAUGCUGACAAAUUCAACCCUUUACGAUGGGAAAAGGGGGAUCAUCUCGGAGGCGCUUAUGAAUACAUGCCCUUUUUGGCUGGUGCUCGCCAAUGCAUCGGUAAUAGAUUUGCAAUGCUAGAGAUGAAAGUGAUCCUAUCUAUUCUACUCCAUCGUAUUCAAUUCUUUGAAAAGCCAGGCUUCAAAGUGAGAAAGAUACAAUUGGUGACUACAAAGCCAAUUCCCAACAUGACACUCUUUGCAAAGCCUGUUGUAUCAUAG